GCCCAUUCACCCCUCGUUAACGGUAGGUAUACAUUGUAUAGUUUGGACAUUCAGUAGUAGUAACACUCUCUAGUUACUUGAUAGUAUUCCCCCCCCCCUCUCCGUUCACACCCUCUCGUGCCUGGCCUGACUCAAAUCAUUUAACCCUGUUCCUGUGCCUGAGUUCCUGCUGAACGUUUCACUGGGCCCACUGAGUAGGGCGAUCACUUAUUUUAAUCUCUCAAUCCUCCGUUUAUAUUCUUCCGCCAACUUCUCAAUCUCGUUUCAAUUCAGGUUGCCAACUAUUAUUUUCACGCACCCCACAUCCUCUGAGACUUUCAGUCAGUGACCCUCACCACCAUGACUGAGUCCCCGGAGAAGAUCUCCAUCACAAUUUGUGGAGAUGGUGGAUGCGGGAAAUCCUCCAUCACUUUGAGAUUGGUGCGCAGCCAGUGGAUUCAUGAGUACGAUCCUACAAUCGAAGAUUCCUAUUCUGUCACGCGUGUUGUGGAUGGAGUCCCCUACUUCUUAUCCAUCACCGACACGGCGGGCCAGGAAGAGUACCGUGGGCUGUGGACGGCUGCCAACCUGAAGUCCGAUGCCUUUCUGCUUGUCUACGAUAUCACGAAUCAGUCCAGUUUGCACGCCUUGGAUUACUUCAUGGACAUGAUUGAGAUCGAGACUGAACAGCGAGCCGAACGAUGUCACCGUCUCCGACAAGAAUUGGGAGACAGUGCGGCAGGCCUGCAGGUAGGCAUGCCGCCUCCCGUCAAAAUCGUAGCCGGCAACAAAUGCGACCUGAAGGAGAGUCGGGUGAUCGGGGCUCCCCAGGGCUUGGAGUACGCCCGUAGGCAUGGCUGCGGCUUUAUGGAGACCAGUGCCCGCGAGAUGGUCAACAUCGAAGAGACAUUUGCCCUAUUGGUCCGCCGAGUGGUCGAGGCGCGCCAACUUCAUUAUCAAACGACAAACCCGAGUCCUAAGCUUGCUCAAAGCAGCGGCUUGGUUCCAGAAGUAAACUCCACGGCUAGCACCAUCGUUCAUUCUCCCUCAGUGGAACCGUCCCUGAAGCAUGUAGCACCCCGAAAGCGAGGGCUGGAAUGGCUUCGGCGGAGGGAACGAGUCCAUCAAGGGCAGGCUGCGAAGCAUUAUGAUGACAAGCCCGAUUCGAACAUGUCAUCAGAACGAGAGAAGCGACCCAAGCGUCCAGCAGCCAGAUCCUGGCGACGAAUAUGGUGUUUUUGA